GAAGAAACACUGCUCAGCCGAGGGACUGAGUGAGUGAGUGAGAGAGAGAGAGAGAGACACACGGAGAUUAAAGGAAAAAACAAAACAAAACCACAGAAAGUAGAGAGGACAUGUGACAUGCAGUACUUUGCAGGAACUAUCUGAACGGUGACAUUGUUACUUUGUAUGGGAGGCAGGAAACACAACAACUACCUGUGGAGAUGGAAAGUACUACCCCCCCUGCGUAUCUUAAUAUGAGCGCAGACAAGAUCAACUCAUCAGUCCCAGCUGACGAUGAGGACGUUUACAGCGGAGCAACUAUGAUCCUGCUGGGCAUGAUCAUGUCCUUAUUGGUUUUGUGCACGGUCUUCGGAAACAUCCUGGUCAUAACGGCGAUUGCCCGCUUUCAGCGUCUCCAAAAUGUCACCAACUGUUUCAUCACCUCCCUGGCCUGUGCUGACCUGGUCAUGGGCCUGAUUGUGGUUCCCUUCGGUGCCUGUUACAUUAUCUUCAAGACCUGGCACUUUGGUAAUUUCUGGUGUGAGUUCUGGACUGCCACCGAUGUUCUCUGUGUGACCGCGAGCAUCGAAACCCUGUGUGUCAUAGCUAUUGACCGCUAUUUGGCCAUCACCUCUCCGUUCCGCUACCAGUCGAUGCUGACCAAGCGCAAGGCUCGCAUUGUGGUUGUGCUGGUGUGGGUGAUUGCAGCCCUCAUAUCUUUCCUGCCCAUCCACAUGAAGUGGUGGAUAUCUCAUGACGAAAAAGCUAGGGAUUGCAUGAACAGGAGUGACUGUUGCGAGUUCAACACCAACACGCCUUAUGCCAUCACCUCCUCUAUCAUCUCCUUUUACAUCCCUUUAGUCAUCAUGGUAUUUGUCUACUGUCGAGUUUUCCAGGAGGCAAGGUGCCAACUGAAAAAGAUUGACCAAAGCAUUGGACGUUUUCAUAAUAGCGACAACGGCAACCUUAAAUCUCUAGAAGAAAACAAUGGGCGCGGUUACAAAAAGGCAAAGUUUUGCCUGCGGGAACACAAAGCCCUAAAGACGCUUGGCAUCAUCAUGGGGAUCUUCACUCUGUGCUGGCUGCCUUUCUUUCUGCUCAAUGUGGUGGUGGCCUUAUCGGAGGUGGAGAACAUCGAGCUCACCUUCAGGAUACUCAACUGGAUAGGUUACGCAAACUCUGCCUUCAACCCGCUCAUUUACUGCCGGAGCCCUGAAUUCAGAUAUGCCUUCAAGGAGAUCCUCUGCAUGAAGAGGAACCGCCUCAGCAACCCAGGACCUGUGAAUGGAUACAUCUACAGCAGGCACAGCUGGCAUAGCGAGCAGCAAGGGAGGAGCAAAGGCAGCUCAGAAGACAGUGAUGCCAAUGAACGAUUUUUAGGGAAGUCGGCAGGGGUCUGCAGUGUUGAGGACAAAGCAGUGGACCCAAACGGGAAUUGUAACGAAAGUCUAUCAACUGUAACGACUACCCUGUAAAGUCAGAGCUUUGACUUCAGUCAACAGGGAAAUCCACAUGUGUUUACACUGCUAUCAUAAACUUUUUUUUUUUUUUUUUUUCCGAUUUGCUGAUGAAGGUAAGGCCAGACACAGUUACUGGCAAAGUCUCUGGAGAAGGCUUUAAAUGAACUGUAGUAAACAUGUUCAUCUGAGGAAAGUAUUGCUUUUCCUGAAUGAUGAAUUAAUAGUUUGUAGAUCACUUAUUUUUUUUGUUACAUUCAUCAGUGACUUCACAUCUACCUCAUCACAUCCUACAAUGUUUGUAUCUUAACUUCACAUUGUCUCUGUCCAUCGGAGCUACUCGGGCAGUAUCUCAGCUAUUUAUUUACUCUAUUAAAUGGUCUGCAGACUUUCUAAUUGCCAAUUAUCUGGCUUCAACUGAAUUUGUGGGUGUGCUGUUUAUCCCAGAGCUCUUGGAGAAAGAUCCCACAGUUUUUUUUUUAUUAGCAUAAAAAUGUUUUUGAAUUUCAAAGUCAAUGUUGUUGGAGGCCUUCAAUCCUAUUUGAGCGUGCCAGUUUGGCACAGACUGCAAGUAUUUCUAUCGGGAAAAGGACGAGGUAGACAGAAGGGGUUAAACGUCAUACCUCCGUGGUGCUUUGAGCGAUACAUUCCAAAUCAGACUAUAAUCUGGCAUCCUUAGCAUUUAGAAUUUUUUGAUUUUUUUUUUUUUUGGUUGAGUUAGACGAUUAACAGCAGGUGGGGCAAAGCCUGUCUCUCUGCCUUUGUGUCUCCUCACUGCUCAGCUAUGUUGUGAGGCCCAGCUCCCUGUUUUACAAUCUGACGGGCUGUUGCGCUUAAGGUUUCUGUUGCCAGCAGAUAGCACUGGAGAUAUGAACGUUUGCGGUAAUCUACAUGUCUCUGUUUGCCAGCUGAGAAAUAUCAGUGGACUUCCUAUGCUAGUCAUGGGAUAAAAAUCUGCUGUUUCAGUCGAUUCCGCUGACAGGCUCAACUGUAUCUAAUAUCUUUCAGUGCGAAGCUGAAUACAUUUCGGAUAAUGUGGUCAACCCUGAGCGUUGACAUGUAAAGCUUGCACCUGUCAAAGUUCAGUAUACAAAUAAGUUUGCCGCCAUUCAGCCCUAUCUUGCAUUCUGUCAACUGUCUCAGUUGUGUUACAUAUUAACUAUGAUUGGUACAUUGUACAGCUGUAAAUGUGAGAGAGAGAAAAAAAAAUUAUUAGGCGUUUUGUCCCUUCCACGCAACAGUGACGGUUGUCCCCUUUGUUACACAAUCCUUGUCUGUUUAUUAAAUUUUGUGGUUGCUGUGUUUCAGCAUGUACAGUGUUUACUGAAACCGGAGAAGCCGUUUCCUUAGUCAUGGCACAAGGGUACACACCACACAUAAUAAUAAACAGAGCGUCGAAAUAGCCAAGUGAUAACAAAAUUCCAAGCCCGAGACGGAGGGGUGUUGACUACUGAGGCCAAUAAGCAGAGAUGAGAAAGAGCAGCCAGUAUUCCUGAAUAGCGCACCUUGGUCACUGCUCCCUGACAUUUCCCAGAGUCUCUUCGGUAUAUACAGAUGUCUGCCUCUCCGUGAAAUCAGUCUAACAUUCGGUUCGGGCACACGCAGGGGUGAAGGGAACAGUGUUCUGUUGUUUCAACAACUGUUCCAGUUGUUUCAGUUAGUUUCGGUCAGCCUUCUUUAGACGCCACUUGAGUUUCCAGGAAACGCCUGAUGUGGCCAUGCCCAGCCCAAUAAACACGAAUAAAUACAUUAGCUCUGCUGCUGUAAACAACACACAAACAGAUUAGUAGAUUGCCAAGUCUACAGAUUUUAAUUUAUUAAAAGAUCCACAGAGCCAACCUGAAAUAAGACUUUCUUUCUUAUUAGUCUUCAGACCACAGGCUCUUGGGAGUGUAAUUUUUUGACUAAGGCAAGCAUUAAUGGACGGUGAGCACUUUAGCAUGCAGGACUUAAAUUGGAGGCCACUUUUCCCGCACUAAGUGGCUUGCAAGUUCAUUAGUGCGGUUAAAGAUGUAACCCCUUUCCUCUGGUCAGUUUGGCAGCCACUAGUAUGUUUUGAUCAAAGUGACAGCAUGCUAAAUGUAGCUACCGUAAGCAGGAGGGGCAGGUUCUCUGCCAGUCUAAAUCGGUGUUAGUGACCUGUGUUUUAGUGCAUGUAGCGUUGCCUCUGCAUUUAAAAAAAGGUCAGGCGGCACCGUCAAAACUGUGAACUUUGUUCCCUCAGAGGAAUCUCUAUGUACUGUAUCGCUAGGUUUGGUCGCAGACCUUAGGCAUAGACGUAAAUGCGGUGUCCUCAUACGUCAAUGUUUGCCAUGUGAAAAACAAGCUUUCCAGUUUCUUGCUCCUUUUCUGUUUUUCCUUUUAAUGGAUUUACAGCAGAGUAAAUGCAGGGGUUGAAUGUCAUAACAAAUUUUCUACAGCAUUUUGUUUUCUAUUUAUUUGGCAUGUUCACUGCACUGCAUUCAAAAAGCACAAAACAGACCCCAGACCAAGUUUUUGAUCUUUUUUUUAUUUUUUUUUUAUUCACUCACCAUUCUUUGCAUUGGCACCAAAUACACAAGCCCGUGAUGGUUUAAAAAGCUCUGUAUUUGAGACAUAAUUUGCAAUUUAAGAAGCAUUGCACUAGUGAUCGUUUGCAUGUCUGCAAUGUGUUAGUCGUGAUGUGUUUGUGGACGUUUGUGUCAUUUCUCUUCAAAGUGAUCUGCCUUAGCCUGAGUGGAGUAUAUUGUGAACUGCAGUGUAUAUAUCCACACUGCUCCCUCCUGGCUGUGCCCCAUCCUUGCACCUCAGCUGUCUCAGAGUUAUUAAUGGUUAUUGUUUCAUCAAUAGGCCUGUAUAAUAAGGAAUGUAAUCCAUGCCUUCACCUCCCCUCUGCUGGAGGACACAACACUGUUAUGUGCAAUGAGUCUUGAAUGAUUAUCUGACACUACAACAUUCCAAGCGAAGCUGACAGUUUGGAACCAUAUACCGACGGAUGCAUACAAUGCACGUUCGGUUCUCCCUCGUAUCUCGUCCUAGAUCACCCAUCUUACUCACUGGUCAUGGCUGACCCAAAGGUUUUUUUUUUUUUUAAAGUGGAUUAUGCAUAUUAAGUCUUACACCGUAGAUACAUAAAUGCUGUGUGCACGUAUCAAACAUAUUUUCUGCAUAAAAAAAAAGAGUCUAUGCCUUGGAUUGAUCCACGUUUACCUGCCAAUGCUAUCCUGACUAAUCCGCCGUUCUUCUUUCUGAAUAAAAUUGCCCCACCAAACCCAUCCCCCGGGAUGUGGAUUAAGUCGUCCGCUCACUUUAAGCAGCACUUUAAGGCACUUUCGCGAAUCAUUGGUUUGAACAACUGAGUACACAUUUGAGUUCAUGAACUAUAAACAGUUAUUGCCCAUUCACUUGUACCAUAAUAUUUUUGUGGAAGUUCACUUUCCUGUCUGCAAGUCAAAACAAAGAGCCACGAGACAGGAUCGCUGCAGCGUCUCUGCACACUGACGUAGUACAGGGUGACUUUAUUCUGCGAAAUUGGCGUAUGUAAAUGUGAAUUUUCUAUGAAAGUCUAAAUUUGCUUCCGCCGCCAUACGAAAAGUGAACCUAUCAUAUGUGAACUUUUAACUUUAUUUUAUUUUUAUUGUCUUUUGUUGCGAGAGUGAAAAACUCCUCACUCAGCUGAAUGUUUACUAAAUGUCUGCAAGCUAUUUUCGCACAAGUUCUUGUCACUGUUUGUUAAGGUGUUGAAGCCUGUUACAAAAUGUGUUGUCCUGUGGUAUUUAUUAAAACAAAAAACGAGUGUAUUGCGAUGUAACAUUUGUAUUGAAAUAAAUUAUGUAUGUGUUGCA